AAUAAAUAAUUUCAUAAUGACAUUUACCAAUUUCCAGUGAAUAAUUGUUUACAUGUAUAGAAGAUAGAUUACAUUGUUCCAAUUAUUUAGAGUUUUCAACGGAUUAAGGAAAAGAUAUAAGACUAUUAUUAUCGAGCUGAUAUAGUGCUAUUUAUACGUUGAAUUUAAUAAUUUAUAAUAAUGCAAGAAUCAAGACCAGAGUUGUACGAAGAAAUCAAGUUAUACAGGAAUGCUAGAGAACGUGAAAAGCAUGACAAUAUGGCAGAACUAUAUGCAGUUGUUAGCACACUACAGCACUUGGAGAAGGCUUAUAUGCGUGACUGUGUGCGAGCACAGGAAUACACGGCUGCCUGCAGUCGGUUAUUGGUGCAGUACCGAGUCGCGUUCAAACAGGUGCAGGGCGAUGAGUUCCCCACUAUCGAGAGCUUUGUCAGUAAGUUUAGACUGGACUGUCCGGCAGCCUUGGAGAGGAUCCGAGAAAACAAACCCAACUUGAUAAAAGAUGAUAAGGGGAAUACUAAUAAAUAUAUUGCUGAAAUUGUAUCUGUGAGUAAAGUAUUAUAUGUAACAAACAUACAGUUUAAAUUUUUAGAGUAUGAAUUAAUGUGCGUGUAGGAAAAUUUGGGAGAU